AUGGCGCCAGCGAGCAGAUGUUUCCGGCGUCGCAUCAUGCUUCCCGUAUGUGACUGGUUUCAAGGUGCGGCGGGGCGCCUGUGGGGCGCAUUGCGAGUCUGGCUGGCUGGGCUGAGCUGCCUCGUUUGCUUCGGUUCAAGGAGCCGAGAGAAAGAGAAAAAAGACAGGGAACGCGAGCAACGCAUGUUCCGUGCUCUCCUGUGGGAUUUCAAUAAUUCCAAACGUGUCAUGGCUCAACUUGUUCCGACACUUUCCCGGAGUGGUUCCAUGCCGCGCUCCCGGUAA